GUAUCCCCUAACUACAUCCCUAAACCCUUCCCCAGCGAGCCACACCCACCCACCCCCCCUGCCCCCACCCUACAAACGCAUGCCAUAUAAGCAUGCUCAUAAACACAAUGGAAAGAAGAAGAAGAAAGAAAAGAUGGAAAUGCAAAUGAAGCAACCUAGCAUGUUCAUCUUUCUUUGCUCACCUGCAAUAGGUCACCUCGUACCAACAAUGGAGUUUGCCAAGCUCCUCCUUCACAAACAAAACCUUCUCUCCAUCACAUUCCUCGCCAUGAACCCGCCUUUCGACGAUCCAAAACUCGCCUCGUACUUCCGCUCACUCGUCAUCAAUUCCGCGUCGAUAAGACUGAAUGUGAAAACCCUAAGUCCAAACUUAGCUGAGAUGAACAGUAACCCAAGCAACUUUCUAGGUCUCUUCAUUGAUUCUCACGGGGCUCAAGUUAGAGACCAUGUGAAAACAAUGAUGGGUUCGAGAGAUUUCAAGGUUUUAGGGUUUAUAGCAGACGUGUUGUGUGCCGGCAUGACCGCCGAUGUGGCGGAGGAGUUUAAUCUCCCGUACUAUGUCUUCUACACGUCCGGCGCGGCGGCGCUCGGGCUUCAGCUCCACCUUUUGAGCCUCGCGGAGGAGAAUGGCGGAGAGGCGACAGAGCACGGCGGCUGCGGCGUGGAUUCCGAUUAUCUGAAUGUCCCCACUUAUGUCCGGCCGUUUCCGGCGAAGCUACUGCCGUCGAUCAUGCUGGACAGAAAUGGCGGCUGUGAUUUGAUUCUUGAUCUCUUCAGGAAAAUAAGGAACAAGGCGAAGGGUAUUAUUGUCAACACGUUUCUUGAGCUCGAACCUCACGCCGUUAAAUCCCUGUGUGGGGACCACUACUCAAACUCUCCCCCGCCGGUUUACACCGUCGGACCGGUGCUAAACCUCCGGGAUCUUUCCGCGGAAGAGGCCAAUUCUCCAAAUCUAGGAGAAGAAGAGGAUUAUAUAUUCCCUCAAUCCCAAAAUAAGUAUAUCUUUGUAUAUAUACAGGAGUUUUAUUUUGAGAAAGAGGAAGUAUAUGAAUGGUUGGACAGUCAACCGGAAUCUUCUGUGGUCUUUCUUUGCUUCGGAAGUGUGGGUUUCUUUCCAGAGGAACAACUAAAUGAGAUCGCUCAUGCUCUCGAGGAUAGCAAGCAGAGGUUCGUGUGGGCCAUGCGGCCGCCCCAUGAAGUCUCGUGGCUAGAAUUGUUCUUGAGAAGGACAGAAGGAGGGCAGGGGAAGGUGGUGGUGAGCUGGGCCCCACAAGCGGCCAUACUGGGACACCCCGCAGUAGGAGGCUUCGUCUCCCACUGCGGAUGGAACUCGAUACUCGAAAGCAUUUGGUUCGGGAAACCGAUAGCGGCGUGGCCGAUCUACGGCGAGCAACAGGCAAACGCGUUCCAUGUGGUUGGAGAGAUAGGUGUGGGUGUGGACAUCAAAAUGGACUACAAAAUGGAGUAUCCAAACAAGGUCUCAAAUACACUUGUGAGGGCAAAAGAGAUAGAAAUGGGAAUCGAAAGUCUCAUGGAUCCCACAAAUCCCAUUAGGUUAAAGGCGGGAGAAAUGAAGGAAAGAAGCCGUUUGGCUCUCAUGAAAGCCCUGGCCCACCAACCGUUCUGCGACGGCCUGCCGGCCGAACAGGCCGCCUUCUGCGGCGAGGCCCUGCAGGGAGAGACAGAGUGGAAGAAGGCCGUCGUCGCGGUGAUCAAGGCGACCAUCAAGAAGGUGAAGUCGGCCGAGUACGCGGCGCGGUCGAUCGGCUCCGCCCUGCCGCCGACCGUCCCGGAGUCCGACCGGGAGAACAUCGACGACAAAUGCCACAGCGGCUUCGAGUACGCCCUCCACAACUUGCGCCGCUCCGUCAAGCGCAUCCGCAGCGGCGUCUACGCCAGGACCGACAACGUCGUCUACUCCGCCUGGGCCGGGAUCUUCGAGUGCAGCGGGGCCCUCAAUCACUUCAAGGUGGACAUGAGUGUGGGGCCAUUCAAGGUUCAAGAUGAGGCGGAGAAGGCGGUGGGGGCUUGCCAUGCGGCGGUUACCAACGCCCUGAAUGCAGGAGGCUUAACCCAUUUCUCCGAGGAGACUUGAUGCAAUUAAUUAACAAAAAUAGAUAUAUAACUAAAUGGGGAAAUAUUAUAUUUGUAAAAAAGAAAAAAACAAAUGUUUAGAUAUUAA